CAAUUUUCAAUUUUUCAGCCGCCGAAGGAUGUGAAUAAAAUUUGCAACAAGUGGUUUUUCGCUUCCCUGUUUCAGGACUCGACGAUAAUCCGAACUGCCAAGAUACCAACUUUAAUUGCCCUCUCGUGGCUCAGGCUCGGCUCUGUAAUUACGAAAUCUAUCGAAGGACUUGCUGUCUUUCCUGCUCAAAGGCUCGUAUGGAGGAGGAGUAGAGCUUUUUGACUCGAAUCCCAAUUUCAAAGGCGACGCGAUUUCGACGGCUCGAUUUUUUAGAUUAUGAAAGUUUCCGCGAGAAACUUUGAGCAAAAGUAUCAAUUCACGAAUCGCUUAAUCGAACCUAUUUAGAGGGAAGCUGAUUAUCCCAAAUGUUUUUAGUUAAUUCGAAUUUUCCAUGCACGGUUGAAUAUUAAAUUUUUGGGAACAGUCUGUAGCGCAGCAGUGAUUUUAGAAUCUCUAGAAUUUUCAGCAUACUUUUUAUUGUUACUGUAUAUUUUUAACCACGCGUCUCGUUGCGCGAAUUUUAACAUUGAUUGAUUAUAUCGUCGGGAAGAAAAUUGUCAGACAUUUGAAAGUGCCGCUGUGUUAUCAACGGCGACGAAUUGAAUUUUUUUUUUUUUUUUUACAAGAAAUCCGCAAGCAUCGCGUGAUGACGAAUUAUGUUAUAAUUUCGUAACAUCAGGCAAAAAUUACGGAAACUAUGCGUAAAAAUUUUGAAUGAAAUAUAAUAGCGUUACGUAUAUCGAUAAGGUACUUAAACCGAUCAGUUUUGUCGUCUUGAUUUCUAAACCAGUAUUGUUCUUUUUUUUUUUCUCUUUCUUUUCAACGAGAAUAUUACACAAUAUCAUAGACACAAUUAAUUUUCUCCUCCUUGUGUAAUUAUUUUCUAUUGAAGGAAAGAAAGCAAAAAAAAGAAAAAUCCUUUUAUUAUUCUACUAGAGAAAUUAAUUAUCGGAAGGAAAUGUUUCCUUCUCAAUGUCAUUUCAUUUUCGAUGGAAUCAAUUGAACGCAAGAUGCGAAUCGAUUUUUUUUAUUCGCUUCCGUAUUUAAUUGGCGAGGUGAUUUUGUUUAGUGAAACUUACAUACAGGUUCACGUUACCGAUUUCUCAUAGAAUCGUGACUAUACGUUUGAUUGAUUAGGUGUAAAUAUACCUAUAUAUAAUAAAAUUAUACAAUGUAUAACGUAUAAUCGUAUAAUAAUAUUGUUACGCGUUUUUGCAUAAUCAGAAGUGGGAAUGUAUAUAUAUAUAUAUAUAUAUGUAAAUACAUUUCUCUUCAAAAAUAUUAUUUUCAAAUAUGUUGCGUAUAAGUUGCAGUGCCAUAUAUAUAAAUCGUGUGCGUGUGUAUCUGUGCGUGUGUGUAUAAAAAAGUGUAUAUGCAUGGAACUGUGUUGUUGUAAUAUUAAAAAUUGAAGUAUACAUAUUUACCGUGGUAUAAAAAUACCUUAAUGAUACGGUAAUUAUUGCUGCGUAAUAAAAAAAAAAAAAAAAUAAGUAUUACGCGUUAUUAAACUCGCGGAUUAUAAACAAAAAAUUUAUCGAUUUACGAUCGUAUAUAUUUGUGAUCAGAGAUUUGAAUUUGAAAGCGUUAUACGCACAAGUUUGAAUGUUCUACUGGCGAGAUGGUCGACCCGGAAGUGAUCGUAUUUCUUGACGUCAAGUAUUAUCGACGCACUAUUCUUGUUACGGUAUACAUUUAUAUGUAUACAUGUCGCAUCGCUGCAUUCGACGUUAUUCAUGCAGAGAGUAAUGCAUGCCAUAACCCAAUAAUUAUUCGAAAAACUUUUCCGAUGAGGGAGGAAGUCGUUUAGUUAUUCAAGAGUUCUUCGUCGUCCGGUCUCGUUCGGUUAUGUUAGAAGUUGCAUUACGUCUCGUUAUAUAUCACGUAUCUAAAGAAGUACCUUGAGAUCUUUCUUCACGGCGAGAUGAAUAAAUCCGCCAAAGUUACCGUGUCAGAAGGUCUGGCGAAAUUGGAUUAUCUUUUCAAAUGGAACCGAGUCCUGUUGAGAUCCUUUGGCGUAUGGCCGCUCGAUCACACCUCGACAUCAAGACUUGAGCGUUUUGGUACAUUUUUGUUGAUUUUGAAUCUCGGAACUUUGGUAAUCGCAGAAUGGAACGACUUGAUUGAAAUUUCGGGCAAUUUCGAUCUGAUGCUUGACAAUCUUACCGCGAAUUUGGGCACCUCGUUGGCACUGGUUAAACUCUUUAUUAUACGCUGGAAUGUUGAUACACUUCAGAACCUCAUCGCUGAUGUUCAAAACGACUGGUCCGUCGGUUAUACUGCUGAGGAUAUUAAGGUGAUGAUGGCUCGAGCUAGGAUUGGUCGUUGGUUUUCAAUCGCAGGUCCACUUUUGUCGUUGCUCUCGGCUCUCUUCUUUUCGUUCACACCUCAAGUUAUUACGCUCUCGAUGAAUGGGACGGAAAUAUCGAUGUUGAUGCCGUUCAGAUCUAUGUACUUUUACGACGUGACGUCGACGCCCGUUUACCAAUUCACUUACUUUUCGCAAUCCGUAGCCAGCUGCACAUCAUCGGCUGCUUAUUCCGGUGUCGACUGUUUUUUCGCGGCAUUAGCUUUUCACGUUUGUGGCCAACUCGAAAUACUCGGUAGUACGAUUCGUGGAUUCGACGGAAAAGAUUAUCGUAUGGUUAAACAUCUCGUCGAACGUCAUCUGCGAUUGAUCGAGUACAUCAACGAUUUGGAAAGCAUUUAUUCUACAGUUAUUUUCGGUCAACUUCUGGUAACAUCGUUGGCGAUAUGCAGUAUUGGAUUCAAGUUCACAAUGUCUUUGGACACCGAGGAUUUUGGGGAUAUUGGAAAGUUUUCGGUAUAUCUAUCCGCAGUUUUGAUACACGUAUUUUUGUAUUGCUACUCUGGGCAGUGUUUAAUCGACGAGAGCACUCGAUUGAGCGAAGCUGCCUACGAAUGUCCAUGGUACGAUAUGAAAGGAUCCGAUGCCCGAGCUUUUAUGAUGAUGCAGGCUAGGGCUCAGACACCUUUUAAAAUCACCGCUUUGAAAUUCUGCGACAUGUCACAUUCGUGCUUUACCAAUAUACUUCGUACUACCGGAACUUAUUUUUCCGUUCUCCAAGCGAUAAAAUGAAUGACACCCACAUUUAAAGAUCAGUUUUAGGAGGUAUGUUGUACGCUAAAAUAUUCAUUUUCUUGAAAAUAAAUGUACAUUGUAUUACUUCUCUUAACAAAAGCAGUCUAGUCGAGUUAUAAAACUGUGAUCACCAACUCCAUAAGCUACCAAAAAUUAGAGUUGAUUCGUCAUUAUGAAAAAUGAUUCUUAGAGAUGUAUAAGAGAAUAGUUUAACGUGGAAUGUUUUGACUAGUAAAUACUGAACAGUAUAGACCAGUGAAAAUUUUUUCGAACAUGUGGAAAACGAAGUGAAAAGUUUUGCUCAUCAAGCGAUAAAAACCGUGUCUUGAAGAUAAAAUGACUGGUGUUUAUUUCCGUCGGGUGACGUGAAGCACUAUUCCGCCUUUU